ACUAUUUCUUCCUCAGUUUUCCAGCUGAAGUGCCAAGACAUAAAAAAUCAACAUCCCCAAGUGGGCUUACUUUGGACUACCCUCUAAAUCUAAAUAUGCAUCAGAGGUUAGUGACAUAAAAUCCUUAAGAAGAAUUUCUCAUUUCUCAAUAAAAAAGGAAGCAGCAUCUAUCUAGUCAUGAUAACAGCAUGCAUUGUCGCUACUGUUUGUGUUUAUCUACGAUCAAGAAAAAAAAAAAAGGGCCUAGAAACAAUGUAGGCACGAGUUGCCUGUUAUGCGCCACUAUGCAAACUUUUACUUAUGCAUUGAUGAAUCAACUUAAACUUGAGUUCUCCGCUUCACUUGCUGACUUGUUGCAAGCCACUUGGAGAAGCCAUCCUCCAAGGCGCCCUUCAUCCAUGGAUGCCUGCAACUCUCUACUGCUUCAGGUAUGGUAAGCCAACUUCGAGUCCGAGUGUUUCGCUCUGGCCAUGCAUCUAACUCCUCUGUAACGAACAAAGCAAACAUCGCAGCCUUACAUAAACCUUCAGGGCUGAAUUCGUCCUGGUGUGUUUUACUCUUAAAAUGAUACCAUCCUAUGAAGUCCUGCAACAAGCAGCAUUUACAAGAGUUGGUCCAAUUGACAUCUCAGUAGUAAGAGUUAUGGUCAUAGAGGGAUUACUCCAAACCUCAUGUUAAACAGUUACUGGUAAACAAAAUCCAAAGAAUACAAGUCUAGAAGUACAACAGGAAUUGUUUUGUGACUCCAAAAACAUUCUCUGAUCCACAGGCGUUUUCCUCCAUCUGCUAUCAUGACAGGAAAGUUUCCUACAAGUCAAACAUACUGCUAUUCCCCAAUGAGUUUUAGACUUGUUACAUGAUGAACUUACUCAGCCUACUGACUUUUGUUCGCAGUAUCACAUAUGAACAUGUAUCACAUGCAUGUUAAUUGCUAAAAAAUUUCAUCAACUUUUUCUUUUUAAGGUAAUCCUUAGACAUCAUGUCAAUAAUACUAAUAGAGACCAUCCAAACACAGAAAGAAAGAGCAGCAAAACGU